ACGACUUGUAUAUAAAGAAGAAUCCAUUGUAUGGCUUCACUGUCAUUUCCAGUGUACAAUAACACUAGACAGCCAUCAUGGUUCAUUGGACUGCUGAAGAGAAAGCUGCCAUCACCUCCGUAUGGAGCAAGGUCAACGUUGAAAGGGAUGGACAUGAUGCUCUGAGCAGAUUGCUGGUCGUGUACCCCUGGACCCAGAGAUACUUCAGCAGCUUCGGAAACCUCUCCAAUGCCACCGCCAUCUCUGGCAAUGCCAAGGUGAAGGCUCAUGGCAAGAAGGUGCUCUCCGCUGUUGGUGGCGCCGUCCAACACCUGGAUGAUGUGAAACAUCACCUGGCUGCUCUCAGCACAUCUCAUGCCCAGGAACUCCAUGUGGACCCCGAGAACUUCAGGCGUCUUGGACAAGUUCUGGUCAUCGUCUUGGCCUCCAAGUUGGGAUCUACAUUCACCCCUCAGGUCGGGGCUACUUGGGAGAAGUUCAUCAAUGUCCUGGUGGCUGCUCUGAGCCACGGCUAUUUCUAAAACACUGUGGAAAAGUUAUUUGAACAUUGUUCCAUCUAAGUUUCCAAAGACUUUCAAAUGUCAGCCGAGUAAACUUUAAUUUAAAAAUUUAA